GACCGCAGGCCCGUGUGCGCGCACGCACGCUUCCGGUCCGGUGUGACGCAUGCGUGCGCGUUCAGGACGCAGCGGCGGAGAGAGAGACAGCGCAGCGCAGCGCGAGCAGCACCGGACGGGUCCCCCGCAGCCCUGUGGGAUGGCGGUAAACGUUUACUCCACGUCGAUGACCAUCGAGAACCUGAGCAGACAUGACAUGCUGGCCUGGGUCAACGACUCUCUGCAGCUCAGCUACACCAAGAUCGAGCAGCUGUGCUCAGGUGCGGCGUACUGUCACUUCAUGGACAUGCUGUUCCCCGGCUGUAUCCUGCUAAAGAGGGUGAAGUUCCAGGCCAAACUGGAGCACGAGUACAUUCACAACUUCAAAGUGCUGCAGACGGCCUUCAAGAGGAUGAACGUGGACAAGAAUCGACGAAAUCUACUGACGAGUGAGCCUCUGCUUUGUGAUUGGCUGAUGUGUGAGGCAACGUGCUGUGAUUGGCUAAUGACUUCGGCUUCGUAUCUAGGACCCCAGCGGACGUCACUGACGGCACCCAAAACUAUGCCCGGCCCGCCGCGCGCCAUAAGCUCCACCCCCUCCACCGGAACACGGCGGAACAUGCCAAUGUCACGGAACGGAGGCAGCGACGCUGAAAUCAUGGAGCUCAACCAGCAGCUGCUGGACCUGAAACUGACAGUCGACGGUUUGGAGAAAGAGAGAGACUUCUACUUCGGCAAACUCCGAGACAUUGAGCUGAUCUGUCAGGAGAACGAGAGCGACAGCAACCCGGUCCUCGGCAAAAUCCUGGAGGUGCUCUACGCCACAGAGGAUGGUUUCGCGCCUCCGGAGGACGAGGAGAUUGACGAACAGCCACGGGACCAGGAUGAAUACUGAUCCUCCUCAUCCUCACUCUCUCUCUCUCUCUCUCUCAUCACGUCAUCCUUCUUUCUAUCUCUCCCUCUCUUUCACUCCAUCCCCCACCAGCAGACACUAGGGGCGUGGUCUAAUAGGCUCAUAGAGUGAGUAGGGGCGUGUCUAUGCUAAUGAGGUCUGAAGUGAUGCAGUGAAGCUGAUGUUUUAUUGGCUGUGGGUUUAAUGAAGAAUCCAGACGACUCGAUGAUGAUGAUGAUGCAGUGACACUUUCACACACACACACACACAGCCAAGGUUAUCAACUAACAUUUUUUUUUUUUUUGAUUUGGGCUCCAAUCAGCUAAUUUAUUAGAGAGCUUGACGCUUAUGUCAUUUGUUUUAUUUGCAUUAUCUUUAGAGGGGUUUUACUGUAGUUGCGGUGAAUGAAGUGGAGGCUAAGGAUCGAAUCCCAGACAAAGCGCAGGUUAAAUCAGCCUCAAAUCAACAUGCAGCCUGUUUACUUUCUUAUUCUGUGUUUCUGAUCUUCAUACAUUCACAGUCAGUUGUUAGCUUCAUGCUGACUGUAAAGAGUUUGUGUGUGUUUAAAUCAUUACUGAUAGUGCAGGUGUGAGAGUUUUAUUUAUUUAUGAAGGAAGCCGUCAAACGGCAU